GAUAUGAGGGUUAGUAUGUUAAUUAUGUGUGUUUUUGGUGAACAAUUCCAGUAAGAUCAACAGGAUUUUUUAAAAUAUGCUUGUUUAUUUCAUUCACCUUAUAUUUAUUUGUAUUUAUUUUUUCCAGUCAUUUCAAGAAAGAAAGUCGCCAUGCUGGGAAAUAAAAGACGUAGGAAACCUCUGCAGGACGCUGAGCAUCAUCACAUUACCUGUAAAACUGACAAGCCUGGGCUUCGAGACCAGUUCAUCAGCAAAUAUAAAGGGCGUGGAGUUUUCACCACUGGAGCUUUUUUCAGAGGUGAUUUUGUUCUUGAAUACAGAGGUGAACUUCUGAGUUCACAGGAGAGUCUGGACCGAACUGAACACUACACUGAAGCUGAGAACACGUUCCUGUUUGAUUUUCAGUGGCAUGGCAAAUAUUGGUGCAUGGAUGCAUCUAAAGAAGACUUGUCUUUGGGAAGACUUGCAAACGAUGAGACCAGAAAUCCUACUUGCAAAAUGAGAACCGUUGAAGUGAGCAGAAAACCUCACCUGUGUCUGUUUGCUGUACGAGACAUUCUACCAGGAGAGGAAAUCACUUACAAUUAUGGAGACUCAGAUUGGCCAUGGCGAGUCAAGACUUUGAAUAAAGCAUCAGCAGAAUCCACUGAUAAAAAGCCAGUCAGCAGUUUGCGCCUGCAUAAAUCUCCCCAUUGUGCAGCUUCUGUUUCCUCUCCUGAACUGGACAAGGUAAACAGCAAUGGUCCUCAUAAGCAGUCAGGCAAAGCAAGAACAUCAAGGAAUAAAACGGCGGCCAGUCUCUUUUUUUCUGUAGCCACUCCAAAGUCCAAGUCACCCACGUCACCUUCAACCUCGCCUGUGCAGCCCUCAUCAUCCUCGCCUGCCUACAGAGGAGGAGAGUGCAUCAACAAAGCUGCUUGCGAAUGUGGCAUAAAGAACCCUGAAGCACUGUCAUCAACUAGGCUUAGGAAACACAUAGCAACCAUGUCUAAAAUUCUUAACCUUAAUGAGAAUGAAGCAGACCAACUGGCUGAUUUCCUUGGUCACGAUAUCCGAAUCCACAGACAGUUUUAUCGGUUACCAGAGGGAACACUGCAGCUGGCAAAAAUGAGUAAAGUCCUAAUGGCCAUGGAGAAAGGAACACUGUCUGACUACAAAGGAAAGAAACUUGAUGACAUUGAAAUCGACCCAAAUGAGCAACUUGAGGCCCAAGGUGAUUCCAUGUCAAGUGAUGAGGAGGAUUCCAGUGACCUAUCUCAGACACCAGCACCAGUACAGACUGAUCAACCUGUUCAAUCUGAACAAGCUGUUUCACAGGAGGAUCAAGGUUCUUCAAAUGCUCCAAAAAAGAAAUGGGAGGACAGUGAGGUAAAAGCAGUAGAGAGACACAUGAUGAGUUUCAUCAAGACAUGCAAAGUUCCUGGUAAGCAAGACUGUGAAAGAUGCAUUCACGCAGAGCCAGAAGCUUUACGCAGCGAACAUGGACUGGUGUGAAAAAUUA